CCAUACCGAUAGUCUUCCAUACUGGGAAGAGUGAGAGGAAGUCAGCGUCUUGAAGCUUCUCUCUCUUUCUGGAGAAAUCAAGGAAUUUGACGCGCAUGUAUGUAAGUUGUAUGUAAAGUUUAGAGUUCAUGGGAGAUUAUUGAUAUUAAUCUGAGCCCUGGCUGAACUAAUAGAAGUGAAAACGAAAGUAAAGUGCCUGAGAGUGCGCACCAGAAAGGAAAGUGACAGACAGAGUAAAUAUGGCUGCUAACGUAUCACAGUCUGAGGAGGCUUGCACUUGCCCGGUGUGCUGUGACAUAUUCCAAGACCCCGUGGUCCUGCUGUGUGGACACAGCUUCUGUGAGCCCUGUCUUCAGGAGUGGUGGAGACAGAGCGUGGUCCAGAGAUGUCCGGUCUGCAUGGAGAUCUUGACGAUGGCUCGGCCCACGCGUAACUUGGCGCUGAGGGACCUGUCAGACAUCGUGAGGCAGGAGGCGAGUCAGAGAGCAACGUCAGGAGCUCCGGAUCUGUGCGAGCUGCACAACGAGAAACUCAAGCUCUUCUGUCGGGACGAUCAGCAGCUCAUCUGUCUGGUUUGUAGAGAUGCACAAAAACACGAGAAGCACAACUUUGCCCCCAUCAAUGAAGCAGCAGAGGAGCACAGGAUCAAUAUCAGGACUCAGCUGAUGCAUUUAAAUUCCAAGCUGGGAUCAUUGAAAGCACAUCAGUUCAACUGUAAUAAAAUGGCCAGCCACAUCAAGCUCCAGGCUCGGCAGACGGAGACGACAAUCAAAGAGGAGUUUCAGAAGCUUUACGAGUUCCUGAGGACGAAGGAGGCUGCCAGGAUUGAUGCACUGAGGAAGGAGGCGGCGCUCAAAAGUGACACACUGAACAACAGGAUUGUUAAUGUGAAUGAAGAGAUCGCUUUGCUCACAGACAGGAUUGAAACUAUAAAUCAGGAGCUUACAGCUGAGGACCUGGCAUUCAUGCUGAAUGUCAAGUCCACUUUGGAGCGAUCACAGUGCAACGUGCAAGAGCCAGAGACUCCACCAGGAGGCCUGAUCGAUGAGGUCCAACAUGUCAGGAACCUGCUGUUCAAUGUGUGGGACCAGAUGAAGAAAAUAAUCAAAUACACCCCUGUAACUCUGGACCCAAACACCAGUGGCACACAACUGAUUUUAUCAGAGAAUCUGACUCAUUCGUCAGAAAGUAAGACGACUCAGCAGCUUCCCGACAACCCAGAGAGAAAAGGCCCUUGCAUUGUUCUCGGCUUUGAAGGAUUUAGUGGUGGGAGACAAUGCUGGAAUGUGGAGGUGAAUGGUUUUUGGGCUGUUGGUGUGGCUGCUAAAACCAAGCAUGCAACCCUUGCACCAAUCUUUGGCAUUUAUACAUAUGGUCCUGAAGGACCAUUGUUUGAACUUAUUACUGACAAAAGAAUAUAUUCCUUUUCAACAGAUGUAUUACCCAAAAAUAUCAAAGUGCAGCUAGAUUUUGACCAAGGAACACUUUCAUUUUUCGACCUUGAUAGGAAAACAUUGAUAUACGUCAUCAAAAACUCUUUCAAAGGGACGGUUUUUCCAUAUUUUCGAGGGGCUGUGAAAAUCCUUCCAGGUAAGGUGAGGACAACCCUGUGGAUGGAUGCCUUUUUUACAAGAUCAUACAGUGAUGCCAAAUACACUCCCAUAUUUGUAUCAAUAAGAAAGUGAUGUAUGUAUGUAUUGAUAACACGUAUUUACUGCAUUUUAACGCAAUUGUCCAGUCAGCCAAGUGGCAGCAGUGCAGUGCAUAAUAUUCUGCAAUCAGAAGCUUCAGUUUAUGUUCACAGCAAACAUCAGAAAAAAUGUGAUCUCAGUGAGUUUGACUGUGGGAUGAUUGUUGGUGCCAGACAGGCUGCAUGUUUGAGUAUUUCCAAAACCUAUCUCCUUGGACUUUCACACGCGUGUUGGGUUUACUCAGAAAAGUGCGAAAAACUAAAAACCUCCAGCGAUGAUGUUCCACCCAGCGGUUCUGUGGAAGGAAACACCUUGUUGAUGAGAGAGGUGAAUGAUGGUCGGACUGGUUGGAGCUGACAGAGGAGGCUAUGGUACCUCAGAGAACCACUCUUUACGUGUGUGGUGCGGAGGAAAGCAUCUCAAACUGUUGAACCUUGAGGUGGACUGGCUACAGCAGAAGAAGACCAUGUUGGGGCAGUGGGUUCACGCUCACCAAAACCUGAAUAGCAUAGCUCGGUCUGAUGAAUCUGGAUUUCUGCGGAGGCAAAGCAUGAACCCAAGGACCCAAAGUGAGUCAGUCUAGAAUGGUGCUGCUGGUGACGGUGACUCUCUGACACCUGAAGUAACCGUAUUUGGAGCAGCGAAAGGACACCAACAAGCUGUCAGUCACACAGUAUCCAUGCUCCAAUGCAUACUUUGAUUUAUCGCCUAUUUGACUCUAAAAGGGGACAGUAAUUUACUGAAUGAACAUCGUGCUGCAUGUAGAGGACAUGAAGAUAGCAAUUGUACGGUGGCGGAGAGGUCCUAACCCAUAAAAAUACAGAAAGGCAUUUGAUUAGUGACGUUAUUAAAGUCUGCUACUGGUGGUGAUGGAACUUCACAAAGCUUUGAACUACAGCCAGGUUCAUCACUUUUUUUGGUCCCCUGGAAACAUCUCCGGUGUCGUUUUAGCUAUUUGCUCAUUUGGCAUAGACCGUGAUUUCCUUAUGAAAACGUUUACUGACGCUAUAUAUCAAGAGAGAAGUAUAGUCAUUUUCUCAUAGACUUCUUUAGAAACACUUCGUUUUGUGCAACCAGUCGAGUCGCCCUCUGCUGGAAAAGUUUCAGGCUCUUGCAUGCUGGCUCCCCUUUCUGGACACAGAGUCUACAUCCAUUUAAAUGUACAGUCAAUGUUUCCAACAUGAUGCAUGUCACAAAGCAGAAGUCGCUUCAAACCCGUUUCAUGAACAUGAGUGAUGAAAACGGCUAAAUAUAUUGAUCUGCUUGAGGUUUGAACGUUUGAGUUUUUGAAGUAACCUUUGGUUUACAUUUAUUAUGAUGGUCUGAAGGCUAAUGCAAUGACUUAUAUCAUGUACAUGUCUCAUUUACUUUGGGUGUUCCUGCCCCAUUUGUUGUAUAUCUGUUGGAAAUAAAAUACACUUAAAAAUAUUGAAUAGGUUUAAGCAAGAGAAAACAAACAAAUAAACAAUAUGCUGCUCUGA